GUUUGGUUGACAGUUCUGAAUGUUUCCGUCGCCCCGCCCCCUUUUGCGUGCCUUGCGUGAUGACGCCAUCAGCGGCCGUCAGACAGAACUGACGAAAGCUCACGGAAGAUGCAAAAGAAAAAGGACCCGCUGCUUGCCGAGUGUCAACCCCACUGUGAAAAUGAGACCAUGGUUCCAGUACUGACUUGGAAAAAAGCCAGUGAACUACCCGUGAAUGAGGUUGCCUGUGCGCUGCAGGCUGACCUGCAGUUCGGUCUCACCCAGGAGGAGGUUACGCGACGUCGCGCCUACCACGGAUGGAACGAGUUUGACAUUAGUGAAGAUGAACCACUCUGGAAAAAAUAUAUCUAUCAGUUUAAAGACCCGCUCAUCCUGUUGCUGCUGGCAUCCGCUGUCAUCAGUGUGUUGAUGCGUCAGUUUGAUGAUGCCGUCAGUAUCACCGUGGCCAUUAUUAUAGUUGUUACAGUUGCCUUUGUACAGGAAUAUCGCUCAGAAAAAUCCCUGGAGGAGCUGGGGAAACUUGUGCCACCAGAAUGCCAUUGUGUUCGAGAAGGACAUCUGGAGCACCUUCUGGCUCGAGAGCUCGUGCCUGGGGACACCGUCUGUCUGUCAGUCGGAGAGAGAGUCCCAGCUGACCUGCGCCUGUUCGAGGCGAUGGAUCUGUCAGUUGACGAGUCCAGUUUGACAGGAGAGACCACCCCCUGCACCAAGACCUCUGCCCCUCAGCCGGCCGCCACCAAUGGCGAUAUCACGUCCCGCAGUAAUAUUGCCUUCAUGGGUACGCUUGUGCGCUGUGGGAAGGCCAAGGGCAUUGUCAUAGGCACUGGAGAAAAUUCAGAAUUUGGUGAAGUUUUUAAGAUGAUGCAAGCAGAGGAGGCUCCUAAAACCCCAUUACAGAAAAGCAUGGAUUUGCUGGGAAAACAGCUCUCCCUUUAUUCCUUCGGGAUAAUCGGAGUGAUCAUGAUGGUUGGAUGGCUUCAGGGGAAGUACAUUAUGGACAUGUUCACCAUAGGUGUUAGUCUUGCUGUGGCAGCUAUCCCAGAAGGCCUCCCCAUUGUAGUCACAGUGACUUUGGCACUGGGAGUGAUGAGGAUGGUGAAGAAACGGGCGAUUGUUAAGAAACUGCCUAUAGUGGAGACGCUGAGCUGCUGUAAUGUGAUCUGCUCCGAUAAGACAGGCACUCUUACUAAAAAUGAAAUGACAGUCACUCACCUGUUCACCUCUGAUGGACAGCAUGCUGAGGUCACUGGCGUUGGGUACAACAAUUCCGGUGAGGUUUUGAUGGAUGGAGAGGUGGUGCACGGCUUCUCCAACACCUCCUUCAGCAAGAUUGUGGAGGCUGGCUGUGUGUGCAAUGAUGCAGUAAUCAGGAGCAACACUCUGAUGGGCCGUCCUACCGAAGGCGCCCUCAUCGCUCUGGCUAUGAAGAUGGGUUUGGAAGGGCUGCAGAAGGAGUUUGUGCGUUUGGAAGAAAUUCCCUUCUCCUCAGAGCAGAAGUGGAUGGCUGUCCGUGUCGUCCAUCGCACCCAGCAGGAUAAGCCUGCCACAUUCUUUGUGAAGGGUGCCUAUGAGCAGGUCAUCCGCUUCUGUACUUCUUACAACAGUAAAGGCGUCACUCUGCCUCUGACCCAUCAGCAGAGAGAGCUCUACCAGCAGCAGAAGAGCUACAUGGGCACUGCAGGUCUCAGAGUGCUGGCGUUUGCUUCUGGAUCUGAGAUGGGUGCUCUUACCUUCCUGGGGCUGGUGGGCAUCAUCGACCCUCCCAGAGCGGGAGUGAAAGAGGCAGUGGCAACGCUGAUCAGCUCUGGAGUGGCGGUGAAGAUGAUUACAGGGGAUUCACAAGAGACUGCAGUGUCAAUUGCAAAUCGACUGGGCCUCUAUACCAAGGGUUCUCAGUCUCUGUCUGGAGAUGAAGUGGACCAGAUGGACAUCCAGCAUCUCUCUCAGAUAGUGCCUAGGAUAGUGGUAUUUUACAGAGCCAGCCCUAGACACAAGUUAAAGAUAGUUAAGUCCCUGCAGAACAUAGGGGCUGUUGUGGCAAUGACGGGCGACGGUGUUAAUGACGCAGUGGCUCUGAAGGCAGCAGACAUUGGUGUGGCAAUGGGUCAGACUGGCACUGAUGUCUGCAAAGAGGCAGCAGACAUGAUCCUGGUAGACGACGACUUUCAAACUAUCAUGUCUGCUAUUGAAGAAGGGAAGGGCAUAUACAACAAUAUUAAAAACUUUGUGCGCUUUCAGCUGAGCACGAGCAUUGCCGCCCUCACCCUCAUCUCCCUGGCAACGCUUAUGAACUUCCCCAACCCUCUGAAUGCCAUGCAAAUCCUCUGGAUCAACAUCAUUAUGGAUGGGCCGCCAGCCCAGAGUUUGGGAGUGGAGCCUGUGGAUCGAGACGUGAUCAGGAAGCCUCCAAGGAAUGUUCGAGACAGCAUCAUCACGCGCAGUCUGAUAGUAAAAAUCCUAGUCUCGUCCUUCAUCAUUGUUUGCGGCACACUGUUUGUGUUCUGGAGAGAGCUGCGGGACAAUGAGAUCACCCCACGGGACACCACCAUGACAUUUACCUGUUUUGUGUUCUUUGACAUGUUCAACGCUCUCAGUUCUCGAUCACAGACACGGAUGGUGCACGAGAUGGGCUUAUGCAGUAACAGGAUGUUCUGCUAUGCUGUUCUGGGCUCCAUCAUGGGCCAACUCCUAGUCAUCUACUUCCCUCCGCUACAGAAGGUCUUUCAAACCGAGAGCCUCAGCAUUUUAGAUCUGCUGUUCCUGGUGGGCCUCACGUCCUCUGUGUGCGUGGUGUCGGAGGUCAUAAAGAAAUUAGAGAGACUCAGGGGUGGAGAAAAGAUGGCCGACACUGAUGAUUUCCAUGAUGUAUGACGCACAUUGUGUCCCGUGCAAGAGAUGGUGGGAGGGGCACGUGGUUUGGAAUGUUGCUCGGGCCGGUCUCAUGCUUUACAAAACUAUCUGAAGUGAUCAGUCGGGUCCGACCUGUAUGUACAGUACCUUUUAAGGUCAAGACCAGGAGCUGAUUGUGGAACGAUGACCUGGUCCUGACUGAAAUGUCGUCUCUGACACGUGCCCUUUCCCGUGGAGAUGCUUUGGUGUGCUGCUUUAUUGACUGUACUACUUCCCAUAGCAUCUGGGGCGAACUUUAUUUAUGAGAUACUGUAUCUGUCUAUACAGUGGCUGUACUGAAUUCAUGAUUUAAGGGGAUGUAUUAUGAAUUUUUUUUUUUUAUUAUGAUUAUUAAAAGGAUUUUGUCUUUUAAAUUUUAAGCACUUCUGGUUAGAGGUUUGUGGAACAACGUGGAUAAUGCCUUUCUGCAUUCCAGAUUUCAAAUUAUGCUUGAAUUAUCGGUUAUUUAGGAUUAAACCAUGAGUGGAAGGUCCAGUAUUUUUCGUAACGGACCACUUAAAAUCUCAUGAUACUCAAUGAUUCUCAGAGUGUGCGUUAAGACAUACGUGAUGUGCUAAGUCAUCAUGGAUGCCAUAUUCAUUUUAUAACACAGUGAAACAGGCACUGUUUAGAUUCUGCAAAGGCUUAGUCUGCUUUUUAUAAUGACUUUAUAUUUGAACAUACAGGAGCCCAAAAUAUGAUGCCGUUACGAGACUACAGGGUCCUACUUUAUGAUGGUACAUGCACUAUUAGUUCUUAUUUUAGACUGAUGAUUAAUACAACUGGCUUGUACAAUUACUUAUCAGUUCCUCUGUAUUUACGUAGUAUCAAUACUAUAUUGUUACUUUCCAUAUGUUAAUACACUGGUAUUAGGGCCAUCUGAAAUAAGAUGCUUUUGCCUUUUUCACUUUAUUUUGGCAUUUCCUAUAGUAUUCUUUAUUUUCUCACCUGCUUGGUGCUUGGUUAGGUUUAAAGAUGUAGUAGUUGUUGAAAUGGAGGCUCAUGUUGGGUGUACAGAAACGUUCGACUGACCAGUCCUUACCCUAACAACCGCCCCUCCCACCCCUCAUGCCGAAAAAACCUCAGUGCAGCCCACCGGCAUUGUCUUAUUCCCAUCUGCCAACACUGUAUCUUGUUAAUGAGGUACAGCUAAUGAUGAUACACUAUAUAUCAGUUCUUGCAGUAUACGAUAAUGUUUGUCCUUUGUAUUGCGGAUAGUGGUUCUUUGAUCACGUAGUCCAUAUUUAUUAAUCGGUGAGAUUCCUUUUCUGCCCUUUCUGUUUUCUGGCAUUGCUGUUGCUUUUGAAAACAAACAUUGUAAUACACUGAUAUUAAACAGUAUAAAAAUGUUCAAAUGAAGGGUGAUAGGUAAAAAGCUUAUUUUUUUAUUUUUGAUGUUUUUUUUUUGUUUUUUGUUUUUUCUUCUAUUUUUAAGAUUGUAUUUAUUUUAUUGUGGUUUGCACAGCUGAAACCAGUAAUCUGUUGUGGUCAUUUCAGAACACAAUUGUACAAUAAAAUUUUUACAAAUUUAAAAAAAAACGUGCUUUUGAUUUUGAUUGUUGAUUAAAUCUGAUUAUUUAACUAUUUUGGAAAACAACGUAAUGCAUGCAUUUUCAAGUUAAAAUUUAUUGAAUUCAAUCAUGGAAAUCCAAAUACAUUUUUUAUAAUACCUUAAUUGUUCACAGUUUGACAGUAUGAAAGAUCUAACCAUUUAGAUUUUAAUAUAAUUCAUGUAAUGCAAACAUUUACAAUUAAUCUAAACACUCAUAAAUGCAUUAUGCAGUAAUAUAGAAAUCUGUUAUUUACACAAUAUCAAGA